GCAGGAGAUUCAGUGAGUUUAGACACCAUAUAAUAACUUCAGCCUGCAGUCUACUGACAGAAGAGAAAACAACAGGUGAAACGAAACCACAAUGAGUUGCAGCCUGCAAGCCCUGUUUCUGUGUUGCAUUCUGGGACUGGCUUUUCCUUUAUCUCUACAACAAUCCCAUAUUAAUGAUGGUGAAGAUUCAGAGAUGUACCAAGGGAUAGAGCCACUUGGGGCUCCAAACCGUUGUGAGGAUGAAGAAGGGUUUGACGCUGUCACCCUUGAUGAAAAUGGAGUAAUGAAUUUUUUUAAAGGUAAUAAUGAUACUCAUAUAUGGUGGCACCCAAAUUUCCUAGUACAUGAAGGAAUGCCCACACCAUUCUAUAAACGUUUUCCAGGAGUUCCUCCCAAACCAGAUGCAGCAGUGGAAUGCCCAGCUGGAGAAUGCCUACAUGACUCUAUUCUCUUCUUCAAAGAUCAAGAGGUCUACGCUUUUGACCUGAGCACAGGAAAAGUCCAAAACCAGAGAUGGGGUCCAAUUCCAAGCUAUACAGCUGCAAUGCGCUGUACAGCUGCAAUGCGCUGGUUUGAGAGAUAUUACUGUUUUCAUAAGACAAAGUUCUACAGAUUCACACCAGUAACAGGAGAGCUACAACCUGAAGAUGCACUGGAUGCACGAGAUUACUUUAUUCGUUGCCCUGGAAGAGGCCAUGGAACAGAAGCCAAGAAGAAUGCCACUAUCAUGUCCAUAAUGGAUCGUUGCAGCAACAGAUCAUUUGAUGCCUUCAUUUCUGAUGACUUGGAUCGAAUUUAUGCAAUCAGAGGUGACAUCUACUUUAGCCUGCAUACCUAUCUGGAUGGUUGGCAUGCCUGGCCCUUGCGUGAGGCCUGGAAAGAUCUUGGUGGGCCUAUAAAUGCUGCUUUUUACUGGGACCACAAAAUGUACUUCAUACAGGGUUCUCAGGUGUACACUUACAGAGCCGACCAGAGUUACACAUUGAUAGAGGGUUACCCUAAGCCUUUACAGGAGGAGCUGGGGAUACAGGAUGAUAACCUGGAUGCAGCAUUUUCAUGUCCUGGGUCCUCACUACUGUACUUCAUCAAAGGUUGGUGAGCAGAUAUGGCUUUUCUUUGUAGUUAGGAA